AGUGACUUUUCUCUGCUUGGCCCCGGUUUGGCUCUGGCUUCUCCGGUGACAGUGGCCCGGGGUCGUUCUGCAGCUCUGCCUGCAGACUCCAGAUCUGUCAAACUGCUUCAGGUUUCACCUCCUCCAACCGGCUCACAGCAAGACCCUCUCUUCUUCUUCUGAGCAGAAACCACUGUUGUCUGGAGCUGCACCUCCACCACUCUGCUGCAUACUGGUGCCAUGCUGCCGGGAGGCUGCGGGUGAGGAAACAUGUCGUCAGACUUCCACUCUGGAGAUGGCCUGGUGGAGAGGGGGUCCAUCCCCCUGGACAUCGACAACGUCCACAUGCUCCUGCAGGUGGAACAAGAACAGAUUCAGAAGAGGACCUUCACGAACUGGGUCAACGCUCAGCUGGCAAAGCGGAGGCCACCAUGUAUGAUCCUGGACCUGUUCAGCGACUUCCGCGACGGCUCCAAACUGCUGGACCUGCUGGAGGUGAUGAGCGGUCAGCGCAUCACUCGGGAGAGAGGAAGAGGAAUGUUUCAGCACAGGAGCAACAUCGAGAAAGCCCUCUCCUUCCUGAAGAAGAAAUCGAUCAAACUAGUCAACAUAAACAUUCCUGACAUCAUCGAUGGGAGACCGUCCAUCAUCCUGGGCCUCAUAUGGACGAUCAUUCUGCAGUAUCACAUCGAGGAGUUGGCCAGCAGCCUUUCCUUCGACUCGCGUCAGGGCUCCAUGGAGUCGCUGGCCAGUCUGGACUCGCGCUCCACGCUGUCGAGCCGCUCGGCCAGCAGCAGCCCGGUUCCCCCCCGAGCGUCGCCGCUGCACACCCGCUUCCGGGUCAGUGCCAAGAAGGCCCUGAUGCUCUGGGUCCGGGAGCAGUGUCACAGAGCCGGCUGCUCACUCAACGUGAAGGACUUCAAGUCGAGCUGGAGGAGCGGGGUGGUGUUCCUGGCCAUCCUCUACGCUCUGCGGCCCGACCUGGUGGAUCUGUCCCGGGCCAGGACCAGGAGCAACAGGCAGAACCUGGAGGAGGCGUUCCGCGUCGCAGAGAGGGAGCUGAGGAUCCCCAGACUGCUGGAGCCUGAUGAUGUGGACGUUCGAGACCCAGAUGAGAAGUCCAUCAUGACCUACGUGGCCCAGUUCCUGCAGUACUCCAGGGACCUGCCGCUGGCCGAGGAGGAGAUGCAGACACAAUAUCUGAAUACUCCUCCCAAAGUUCCUUCUCCUAUCAACCUGCCUGUUCACUACACUCCUGCUAUUUCUGCGUCUCCUCUGCGACAGGCGACACCUGAUCGCAAGGCACAGGAAGUGACGUGCUGGUUGGUUCAGGCCUACGACGAGCUCCUGGAGGGGUGGGACUCCACAGAGGGCGAGAGCUACUCAGAGAGAUACCACGUGUUUCAGACGUUUCUGGUGUCGUUCAAUGAGCAGCGCCGGCCCAUCAUGCCUCUGCUGACGGCGAUGAGACGGACCCCGAAGCUCAGUGAUGAGCAGCGGGCCCUGAGAGAGGCGUGGGACACCCUCACUGAGAAGCUUCGUGAAUAUAGAAUGGAGCUGGACAUGAGUCUCCCCCCCCCCCUGGACGCGGUGGCCCGCUGGCUGCUGAAGGCGGAGGGGGCUCUGGCCGAGGAGCAGGGCGACCCUCAGGACCACGGCCGCGCUGCCGACGAAGCCCGAGAGAAACAGGAGCUGCUCAAAGUUUGUCUGGAGGAGAUGCCGCAGCAGCUCAAGACCUUCCAGUCCUUCCAGAACCUGGACGAGUACGGAAACAUGAUGGUUCCCGCAGACAAGACCGACGAGCUGAAGAGGAGGUUCACCAGUGUGAGAGUGACUGCUAAGUACCACGGGAUCAAGCUGGAGUACCGGGAGCACCGCCACACCGUUCUGCAUCUGUUGGGUCAGAUCAGGACCAAGCUCCUUGUCUGGAAGAGACCCUUCAUUUCCCCGGAGGCCGUCCGGGUGCUGCUGCAGGAAUGGCAUGAGCUGAUAAGCAGACAGGAGCUAACUUCUCUGUUGGAAGCAGCUCUUCAUAAGCUGAAGCAGAUUUCUGAGAAAUAUUCAAGCAAAUCUGCUCUUGCUGCAGAUUAUAACCACGUCAGUCAGCAGGUGAAGCAGCUGGAGGAGGACACCGCCCUGGUCCUGGAGGAGGUGACCACAGUCAAGAGCACCAUGGGCCGGGUCCUGUCCGCCUGGGACUCGUACAGCGACUGCCUCAGCUCCCUGCAGGCUUGGCUUGAGCAGAGCUCUGCAGCACUGAGCCCGGGCCACAGACCAGCGGUGUCGUCUGAAACUAUGGCCGAGUGGGGCUCCCGACAGGCCCACUUGAACGAGGUGGGCAACCUCCUGAUCGAGUCCACAGACCCUCAGACCAGCAGGAGUCUGGCGGAGGAGCUGCGCCGGCUCAACAUGCACUGGGCCGAGUUCGUGAAGAAAAACACUUUUGACAACGUGUCUGAGCCCAGCGCCGACGUCCAGACCAGAACCCAGGACCCGCAGGCUCUGAUCAGAGAAGCCACUCUGAUUCUCAAAGAGCCUCUGGAGGCGAUGGCGGGCCCUUUGCGCACCUACAGAAAAAGAAUACAGUUCAUCACGAGGAGGCUAAAAGAAGUGGAUCUGGAGGCUCUCGCCCCCUCCCUAGAAUGUCCAGCAGAUCAGAUACAGAAGCUGAAGUUUGCUUUACCUGACGUGAUCCAGACCCUGUUGGAGACGGAGCAGGUGUGUGUGGAGCUGCAGCACAGUGUGUCGGGUCUGGACAGUCGUCUGGCGGAGCUCCUGCACUGGGAGACGGAGGCCAGGGAGCUUUACCAGCUGCUGAGGGCCGCACAGCGACAGCAGCGGGGCCAGGACCCAAGAGCCAGGGCCCUGAUUUCCCGUGGUCUGCAGCUGGAGGGCCAGGUCGUGACGGAGGAACAGGACCUGCAGGUGGUGGUGAUGACCAAUCAGAAGAGCUCUCCCAUCCGGUACCUCCAUGCCUCCGCUAUGCAGGACAGAGUGCGGGCAGCUGUUGCUCAGUCUCAGGAGGCUGUUGGCAUGCUGAGCAGCCUGGGAGCCAGAAGAGACAGAAGCAGGAGCCCCCCAGAAGGAACUCCUCCAUCAAAAGUCUUCAUCCAGGCGAAAGAUAAGCCUCAACAUCUGAGACAGUCGGACACCAGACAACCAACUCAGCAGCCGGAGACAAACGUAGUUUCUCGUCAGUCUCAUGAAACCUUUAUUCCAAAGAUAGUGGUGCAGGAAUACAAAGAGGUAAAGACGACUUCUCCUCCAAUGCCAUACACAUAUGCACAAGCUUUGAUGCAGACCAGGACAAAGUCGCCGCCAGAGGGCCGAGCUGAAGCGUGGUCGACGACUGUUUUGCCAAAACAACAGCAGUCUCAGGAACAACGGUUCGUGUCGCAGCAGCAGCAGCAAGAUGAAGAGCUUAACAGACAAAAGGAAAAAGAAAUUCAACAGCAAGAACUCAAGCAGCAGCAAACACAAAAAGUGGAACAGCAGGAGCAGCGGCCAACACAACAACAGCAGCAGAAGCAGGAACAGAUAGAAAAACAUCAAUAUCAAGUUCAGCAGCAGGUGGUAACUUGUGUACAGGUCGAAACACAAGUCAAACAGGUGCUGGAGCCCAACAAACAGCCACAUGUACAGAAGCCCCCUAUAAGCGCCACUGAGAUUAAAAGCAGGAAGACUCAGGCCAUGCAGAACCGGCCCUGGCUACAGAAACCAGUCUCAGGGGAGCAUAAACCCCCAGACAAGGAUUCUGCUCAGGACCAAACUCAAGGUUCACAGCCAAAGUCAGAAAAACAAAUGCCAUCAGUAGAAAUUGUUCCUCAGCAAACAGGAAGUCCCAAGUCUCAACCUGAGGCAAAUGCAAAGGCUCCUAAUCAGUCGCAGCAACAGCAGAAAGAGAAAGCACCGCAACCUCAGAUUCUUUUUCAGCAGCAGCCAGAACAACGUCAAGAUCAGCAACAACAGGAAAAGCUAAAACAAUCACAACAACCACAGCCUACCUUUAAACAGACACAACCAGAUUUCGAUGCCAAGGCUAAAUCCAAGAUUGUAGCUGUGGCUCAACCUCUCCCACAAUCUAAGGUACAACCCCAAACUAUGGUUCAGUCUACAUCUCAGACAAUAGUCCAAGUACAGUCAACAAGUGUGUCCCAAACUACAACGGACACCCAGCACCCACCGGACACCAUGUCUCAAACCAGAAUGAGCCAAAUUCAGUCACAGACACAAGUCAUUCCACCGCCCCAAGGCCCUGUGAAGACACAGUUAUUGAUCCAACCACAGACACAGACACAGACACAGCUACAGCUUCAGUCUCAGGCUCCGUCCCAAACAUGUAUCCCAGCUGAACCUCUGUUCGGUAUCCAUGGUGCACCUGUAGCUCAAGUGCAAACAUGGGCUCCAGUCAGAUCUGCUUCCCCUAUGCAGGCUCCAGUACAGGGCCAAAUGCAGCCUCCUGUGCCAUUCCACGUUCAACUUCGUACUCAUCCACAGUCUUGGGCCCCUGUCAGGCCCCCCUCCCCUAGACCACCUACACAGGCCCAGCCUCAAAUGCACACUCAAGCAAUUGGUGAUGCUCAAAUCCAUGCCCAGUCAACGGCCCAUCCUCAAGCCCAUCCUCAGUCACUGGCCCAUCCUCAAGCCCAUCCUCAGUCACUGGUCCAUCCUCAAACCCAUCCUCAGUCAAUGGCCCAUCCUCAAGCCCAUCCUCAGUCACUGCCACCAUCAAGCCCAUCCUCAGUCACUGGCCCAUCCUCAAGCCCAUCCUCAGCCAAAGGUCCAUCCUCAAGCCCAUCCUCAGUCACUGGCCCAUCCUCAACCCCAUCCCCAGCCAAAGGCCCAUCCUCAACCCCAUCCUCAGCCCAUGGCCCAUCCUCAAGCCCAUCCUCAGCCAAAGGCCCAUCCCAGCCAUCCUCAACCCCAUCCUCAGCCAAAGGCCCAUCCUCAACCCCAUCC